AUGGCAGGGUUGCAGGCUGCCACGGUAUCCAACAAAAUAGUUCGGAAACGCAAACGAAAAGACGUGGAGGAUGUUAUACCGCGAGAAAACACGCCGGCGCGAGAAUCCUUACAUACAGCUGCGGCGACUACUUCCACAGUCCCUACCAAGAGCCACGACGGCGGAACGAAAGCACGACGUGUCCAAAAACCGAGACAACUCUCUAAGCUGGUCCGGAAUGCGUCCUCGUUCUCAGAUCCAGUCACGAGUGCCGUCCCAUGGCCCACGCCCUUUCAGUCACUCGAGAAGACACACCGAGCACUCAAUCUCGUGUACACGUUCUGCAGCACUCGAAAACAUGUCAUUACCACCUUCGAUACCAUAAAGACUGCAGUGGAAGGGCACAUCAAGCGGCAAUUGCAGAUUGAGGAGGUGGCACAGAUUGUGGCCUUGCGUCCAGGUGGCAUGAACUUUGCUUAUGUGGAUGAGGCAAUGCUGCAGGUUGAUGUGCGGGGUUCGGAAAGAGACGAUACGUUUAGAGGAGGUAAAAAAGAUUGGUUCACUCCUGCUCCGCCAACCGAUGCCUCAGUUGGCGGUGUCACUGGGAAGGAAGGUUUGGGUUAUGGAGACAGAACAACUGGAAAUGGAGAAGAGGUGCUAUACUUCGAAUAUGUCGACGGCGAUUUGAAACGCCAAGUCCAGGACAAGAAGACGGGGGAAGCUACGAGAGCUAACAGGAAGCUCAAAGACGAAGAUUUAAAGAUGCCGGUAUUCAGCCAAAAGCAGUUGAUGAAUCUAAUCGAGAAGCGGAACACCAAAUUUGGCUCUGCUAUCAAUGCAUUCCUCAACAGAUGCGAGGCUGAGAGCAAAGAUCCUGAGGAGACAUUAAAGGAAGAGUCCGAAGCAUAUAUACCAACACCAAGUUUCUCACGGAGUACGACGCCGAAACCAGAGUUCAGCAUAUUACCCAAGUCCAUCCCGGCGGAGCGGAAAUCUGUUUCCGAAAUUAUUAAUGAGAUGAAGGAAAGCGAGUGGUAUACAGGACAAAUUGUCCCCGAUGGCCAUCGAGUUUUUGAUCCUCAAGAAGCUAUUUAUGGUGACUUGAAUUUUCAACUGAGCCAGGACUUGGUAAAUGCUCUUUACAACACGAAAAACAUCACCCAGUUUUAUGCUCACCAGGCGGAAGCAAUCAACAAUCUCCAUGAUGGGUCUAAUGUUAUCGUUGCUACGUCCACCAGUUCGGGGAAAUCUUUGAUAUAUCAGAUUCCUGUACUUCACGAGCUUGAAAAGGAUCACAACACCAGGGCCAUGUAUAUCUUCCCCACAAAAGCCUUGGCACAAGAUCAAAGAAGAAGUCUAAAAGAGAUGAUGAGAUUCAUGACUGGUCUUGAAGAGACUAUAGUAGAGACGUUCGACGGAGACACUGCGAUGAGCGACCGGAACAUGAUUCGAGAUCAAGGGCGAAUCAUCUUCACGAAUCCAGAUAUGCUUCACAUUACCAUCUUACCGCAGGAAGACAAGUGGCGCACCUUUCUCAAGAACCUGAAGUAUGUCGUCGUAGACGAGAUUCAUGUGUACAGUGGGCUAUUUGGAUCACACGUUGCUCUCGUGAUGCGGCGGCUGAGACGGAUAUGCGCUGCAGUGGGAAAUAGUCACGUAAAGUUCAUAUCUUGCUCGGCAACUGUGGCGAACCCGGAGGAACACUUUAAGACUAUUUUUGGGAUUGAGAAUGUACGAAUGACAGACUUUGAUGGAUCUCCAUCUGGAAGAAAGGAGUUUCUAUGCUGGAAUACGCCUUUCAAGGAUCCUGCAGAUCCUGCAAGCGGUCGUGGAGACACCAUGGCAGAGUCGGCAAGACUGUUUUGUCAACUAAUAUUGCGAGGCGUUCGGGUCAUAGCAUUUUGCAGGGUGAGAAAAGGGUGCGAGGCUCUCAUCAGUGCCGUGAAGCAAGAACUGGCUAAUUUAGAGCGGCCUGAGUGCAUGGCUCAAGUGAUGGGCUACCGAGGUGGCUACACACCUCAGGAUCGGCGCCGCAUUGAAAGUGAAAUGUUUGAAGGGAAGUUGAUGGGGAUCGUUGCAACCACAGCUCUUGAGCUUGGUGUUGAUAUCGGAUCUCUCGAUGCUGUGAUCACUGUUGGGUUUCCGUACACUAUCGCAAAUCUGCGACAGCAGAGUGGCAGAGCUGGUCGAAGAAACAAGGACUCCUUGUCAGUUCUGGUGGGAGACUGUUUUCCCACGGAUCAGUACUACAUGCAAAAUCCAGACGAAAUCUUUACCAAACCCAACUGUGAACUUCAAGUGGAUUUACAGAACAUGCUUGUUCUAGAAGGCCAUAUUCAGUGUGCUGCAUACGAGAUGCCAAUUCGGCCUGAUGAAGACUCUGUAUACUUUGGGAAACUGCUAGGAGAAGUCGCAGCAGAGAGGCUAACGAAGGAUGAACUCGGCUUUUACCAUUGCCACGAAAGAUUUCGUCCUGUCCCUUCGAAAUUCGUUGCGAUUCGAGAAACAGAAGAGGAUCACUUCGCUAUUGUGGAUAUCAGCCACGGCAAAAACAUCGUCUUGGAGGAGCUCGAAGCUUCCCGAGCAUUCUUCACUCUAUACGAUGGUGGAAUCUUCCUCCACCAGGGCAACAAAUACCUAGUCAAGGAGUUCAAUCCAGAUCGGAAGAUUGCCAAAGUUGAAUUUGUAAAGGUAGACUGGACAACUCAGCAGCGAGACUAUACCGAUAUCGAUCCCGUCGAAACAGAAGCCAUCUGCCGGAUUCCCAAAUCUCUUUCGAAGGCAUUUUAUGGUCAAAUCAAGAUACAACAGAAUGUCUACGGCUUCUUCAAAGUAGACAAAAAGCGCCGAAUUCUCGAUGCUGUCCAGGUCGAUAAUCCACCUAUUAUUCGGUUCAGCAAAGGCAUGUGGCUCGAUCUGCCAAAGCAAGCCUUGGAGAUUAUGCAGGAGCGACGACUAAACGUUGCAGGCGCGAUCCACGCAGCAGAACACGCGAUCCUAAGUUUGAUGCCCAACUUCGUCAUCAGCAUGCCGGGCGAUGUGCGCACCGAGUGCAAAGUUGGAGUGAAGGAGUUUGCGCAGAAGGAAACCGCCCGCAAACGACCCGCACGCUUGACAUUCUACGAUGCAAAGGGAGGAGCAGGCGGCUCCGGUAUCAGUACCAAAGCCUUUGAGUUCAUUGACUUGCUAUUGAAACAAGCUGUCCGCAGAGUCGAGGCUUGCCACUGUCACGAGGGCUGCAUGGAAUGCGUGACGUCUGAGACUUGCAAACAUGCAAAUGAGGUUAUGAGCAAAGCUGGCUGUGAGGUUGUACUGAGGAGCUUGCUGAAUAUGGAGAUCGAUAUCGACUCACUACCCAUGGGACCGGAGGACAUGAGUCCUGUGGGAGUCGAGACGGUGGUCUUGGCUCAAUCGGUCCCAGGAAGGGGCAGCGCCAACAUCGACGUCGUCGAUAUCAAAAGAGAAGAUCCAGGAGAUGAGGUCAUCGUACUUGAGGAAGUCGAUGGAAUCAUUGUGGAAAAUGGUGCUCGAAUCAAGCCUGAGCCCGUGGAUUGA